UCACGAUUUAAGAUAUACUACUAGAUACAUUUAAGUAUAUCUUAAAUCGUGCUUUAAAUGGUCAUUGUCAUCUUGAUAACAUUGAUAAGGUAAAUAAACAACUGAAGUUCAGUUAAGAACUGUCAUUCAUUGAAUUUUCAUUUAGUGCUGAAGAAUUCGAUUAAAUUUAAAACUUGUGGUUCAUAUCAGUCCAUACUUAAAAAUACUUCAAAUACCUUAAAUCGUAGGGUCAUAGACACAUGGAAAAGUAGAAUUUCGAAAUAAUACUGUUAUUUAAAAUCUCAAAUGUAAAUAUUAUAUGCUUAUUUGUUAAUUAUUAACAAUAACAUAUUAUAUACAUACCUGCAUUAUGUCACAAAAUGAAGUGGUGUUUGUAGACGAAAAAAAGUAAUUAUAGUUGUUUUAUAAUUAUAAUGUUAUAAGGUGCAAAAUGUCUCAAAACGAAACAACAUUUGUAGAUGAAGAAAGUUUCAAGUCAUUAGUUUGUCGAAGACUGCUUGAAUGUGGUUGGAUGGAUGAAGUAACCAUGCUAUGCAAAGAAAAAUUAAAGGAACGUUUAUCUAAAGGACAAACAGUAAAAUCUAUUACUGAAGAAGAUUUAUUCAAUGAUGUUGCUCCUGAUGCUAGAAGAAUGUUACCAGAUACAAUCAAAAGAGAAUUAAAAGUAAAAGUACAAAAUAAAUUAUUACAAGCAGCUGGAUAUUUUGAUGAAACGGAUAGUGAAUCAUAACUCAAUGUACACGUCUUAUCCUAAUAUAUAUAUUUAGUAAAAUUAUAAUUUAAUUUUUAUUGUAAUAAUUAAUAAAUCUUAGUUAAAAACAAAUAAUAUUUUUUAAAUUUCUUAGUUUUUACUUUCAAAAUUUUUAAAACACUAAUUAAAUAAGUAUAAUUUGCUACAUGAAAUAACUGAGGAUUGAAGAUAAAUUUAUCUACUCCAAUGUGAUUAUAGAUAAAUAAAAGAAAAAUAAUUGCAUGAA